AUGGCGAAAGCAGUCAAAGUCGCAGCGCCAAAGAGAGGCGACCUCCGUUUCUUCACGGAGGGAAGGCACACCGACGUGGAGUUUCUGGUGGAGCAUGGCUCCGACCCGCCCAAGAGCUUCAAGGCCCACAAGAUGGUUCUUGCCAUGCGCAACGAGGUCUUCGAAACCAUGUUCUACGGAAAUCUCCCCGAGAAGGACCAAGUUCUCGUCACCGACUUGCAUCCGGAUGGAUUUUCUGCUUUCCUAAAGUACUUCUACAGCCAGAAAGCCACCUUUGUCGACGUCAACCAAGCACUGCACACGCGAACAGCCGCCGAGAAGUACAUGGAGUUGGAGCUCGUGGAAGCCUGCCACAGGUUCAUUCGAAAAUCGAUGCUGCCAACCGACGUGUGCGACGUCUUAGAAUACGGCGCAAAGAACGGCAACCUCGCAAACUUCGACGAUCCCAUCAACAAGCUUCUGAAAAUGAGGGGUGUUCAAGUCCUGGAGUCGAAGGGGUUCAUCGCCGCGUCGAUGGAAAUCGUGCUCAGUAUACUGAAGAGCCCUCGGCUGUGCGUCAAGGAAUACGACGUUAUCAAGAGCGCCUACGCAUGGGCGAUUGCGCGUUGUGGGACAGAGACUGGCGUAGUACCUUCCACCGCCGUCCUCCAGUGGACCAUGAGGCCAUUCCUGCCAGAGCUUAGAUUCCUGGCGUUGUCCGCUCUGGAGUUCGUCGAAGGUCCAGCUACGUGGAACAUCCUGACAGAAUCCGAGACGUUGGCUGUUCUCAGCAACAUCGUAAAAUGCGGCUCGAAGAAGUUGCCAGUAGGCUUUUGCACUAGCAGGCGAGCAAGGAGGUGGGACCUGUAG